CCGAAUUCAAACUAAGUUAAAUGCUUGGAGUCGCCGGUGACUCAAAAAAACAGCUACGAAAUUCAAAGGGGACAUCAAACCCCGAGGCAUUAGUAUAAAUAGUUACUCAGAAGAACUAUAUUCUUCAGGGACAAUAAGUAUAUAUAAUCACGACAUCCUGAGUCUUUUAAGUCUCAUAGUAAUCAAGGAUCACGGUUGUAAUUAUAAGUGUUUCUUGACGACUCAAACUAGACUAUUUUACCACGUUCCCAAUUCUCAAUUCAAUUCCUUCUCCAUCCGCGUCAACCGCUUAAACGGACCGUUAUUCACUCAGCCAUCAUACUCUUAAACUCCUGACGAGCCCUUCCAACAUUACUCAGUAGUGAGACUUCCAUACGGACAUAAUUCGGUGUAAAGAGCAUAUAACCACCGCAUUCUUCCCAAUUUCUACAAGGCUUAUAUCUCUCUUUACGAAUUCCACUCUUAUAUAACGUAUUACACGCAUACGUCAAGCAAUGGGAUCACAAACUACAGAGCCUAAUGGGGCAACAACAUCCAGGCCUGUCUUAUUCUUCGACAUAGACAAUUGCCUCUACCCGAGGAGCGCCAAAGUACACGACUUAAUGGCAGAUUUAAUAGACAGAUACUUUGCGACACAUCUCGGCCUACCAGAAGAAGAAGCCAUCAAACUACAUAACCAAUACUACAAGAACUACGGUCUAGCAAUUGAGGGGCUAGUGCGACACCACCAGAUUGACCCCCUAGAUUAUAACGCCAAGGUCGAUGACGCCUUACCCCUAGAAGGAAUCAUUAAGCCAAACCCGCAACUACGAAAACUCCUCGAGGACAUCGAUGCCUCAAAAGUGAAGUUAUGGCUUUUAACCAAUGCAUAUGUCACGCAUGGUCGAAGGGUUGUCAGAUUGUUAGGCAUCGACGACUUGUUCGAGGGCCUUACAUACUGCGAUUAUUCGGAAAUCCCAAUCAUUUGCAAACCCCACAAGGACAUGUUUGCUAAAGCGAUGAAGGAGGCCGGAGUAGAGCGAUCUGAAGAUUGUUAUUUUGUUGACGACUCAUACGGCAACAUAGUCGGCGCAAAGAACCUUGGCUGGACGUCGGUUCACAUCGUAGAGGAGGGCCUACCAGUCCCGGAAACACCUGCAUCUCAAUACCAGAUUAGGCAUCUGGAGGAGCUGCGAAACGUAUUUCCGCAAUUCUUCAAGUCAUCAAAUCCAUCAUAGACAGACCAGUAGCAUGAUAUAUAGAAUUCGGCAUCGCAUUCGGAGCAUGGCUGGGGCGUUUUGGGGGUACGUUGCCGGAAGAGACACUCGUGCAUACA